AUGUCUUCAAAGGUUUCGCCCACCAGACAUCCAAAGCCUCUCAAACGAGGCAAGGCUUGCAUGAACUGCAGGUUUCUCAAGAUUAAAUGCGACGGACUCAAGCCUAUCUGCGGACCCUGCCAGCUCCACCCAAGAGACGAUGAAUGCGAAUAUGCAGACGGACCUGGGAGGUCGAGGACAAAGGUGUUGGAGGAUACGGUUACCCGGUUGGAGGCCCGCCUGCUCGAGCUGGAGAACCCGGAAGGCUCGACUCCUUCUGUCACCCUUCACGAUCCAUAUCAAAGCUACAAGGCCCACCGACUGUCCAAAUCUCCUCCCUUGCAUCUCCCAGACUCCUCACUUGUAUUCAGCCCUCUCUCGCCCUUUUCUCCGACCUCCACAGCGUCGAGUCUUCCUUCCGGUAGGCAGUGGAACACAUUCUCCGCGCUCGAAGCAAACACUGAAUUGACAGGCUCGAGUGGUUCUUCUACUUCACCUAUCCGACAACCCAUUCCUACCACCUCCGUAGGUCUCGAGGAACCACCAAUUAGCUCUCUUCAGACUUCACUCGACAAUUUUCUUCCUCACGCCCAACAAUUUGGUUUUUUCCUUCACGUCCCGACAUUCCGUGCAUCUGCAUUGCUCGCUUUCCCCCUCGGCCAUCCGUCCCGACCUACUCCUGGCCUCCUGAAUGCCGUCCAACUCUUCGGUGUGCACUUCUCGCAACCGGAUUCUCCGACAAAUCAAGAAGGCCCCUUGUUGAUUCGAGCCCUCCAGCAUGUCGCAACGGACCUCCUCGGCGGACAUCCGAACAAAAUUAUCCACACCCUGCAAGCCGAAGUCCUCCUCGCAUAUUACUUUUUGCGUGUCGGGUCGCUCCUUGAGGCCAAGGUUUACACAGGAUCUGCAAUAUCGCUUGCCCUAGGCUCUGGACUCCACAAAAUACGGUCUGCUAACGUCACUGCCCCCUCAACAAUCGCCAUCAUCAAUGACCAACCCUAUGCCCUCCCCCCACCCAUUACCGACCUCCAAGAGGCUGAGCGGAUAAAUGGGUUUUGGUCAGUCCUCAUGCUCCACAAGUUUAUCACAGUCGCACUGGAGGCACCGCCACAUGUCUGCGGGGCCUUGGAAGCCCCAGGGAUGCAGAUCGAUACACCGUGGCCAAUUGAUAUGGACAACUUCCAGGAAGGCAUCUUCCCACAAGAACUGCAAAGCAAUUCAACCGUCCGUGCCUUCUUGAACGGAUAUUUGGGUGACGUGGGCGAAGGUGCUUCGCACUUCGAGAUGGCUGCGAAGGCAGCUAUUCUGUUCCACCGCGCAGCACACUUGACAGGGCAGUGGUCACCCACACUGGCGCCGCGAGACCGAACUGCUUACGAGGCCGCAGCACGAUCGGUGAAUGUGCUCAUCGAUGCAUUCCGCAACAAGCUCGGACCCAUGCCUCGCUUCAGCACUCGAGACCCGUCAAUACGAACCACUCUAUUGACGCAUGCGCUCAUAGACGCCGCGUCAAUAAAGCUGCAUUGGAUAUUCGCGUACGCGUACUCGUCCUCGAAGCAGAUCUGCCUAUCUGCGGCCCGGAACAUGGUGAACUACGGCGAACUGAACCUGCAGGAGCUGGGCCAUAUGAAUCCUAUUAUAGGCAACCUUUGGAUGACAGCCAACCUCAUCUUCGUCGAUGAAAUCUCACGGGUACGGCAGGUCAAGGAGACAUACCCGGAAGCAGCAGCCGUCGAGGACGAGCUCAUGGAGAGCUAUCGCCACGGACUCAAUGCCAUGAGCUUAUUCUCGCACGAAGGCAAGCUUAUGCAGCACCAGCUGUGCAAGGUUCAGGACUCGUUCGCCGCCAUCUGA